AUGACCAUGGUUGUGCACUCAACACAGCUACUGAAGAUGGCGGUUCUUACAGUCUUUUUCAUAAAAGCAACAACUCAGUUACUAUCGCUACCAAACUGCCCAACAAAGUGUGGCUCUGUCACCAUUCCCUUCCCAUUUGGAACCACCAAGGAUUGUUCCUUGGACAGCACCUUUCUCAUAAAUUGCAACAAAACAUCUUCAUCUUCAACCUCAUCACAAGUACCUUCCUUGCCACAUAGUAAUCAAAGUGUCUUAAACAUCUCGCUCAAUGGUGAACUUCACGUUGCAUGGCCAGUAGCGAGAGAUUGCUAUGCUGAAAAGAGUAAACUUGUGAGCCAAAUAUAUCGGGGUAUCGAUCUAAAACAUUUUUCCAUCUCGUCAACUCAAAACAAGUUGGUCGCAGUUGGCUGUGAUACGAUGGGAGCACUCACAGCAUAUGAUGAUGUGGGAAACAACUACACCACAGGAUGUGUGGCUUUAUGCAACGGGCUUGAUGAUAUUGUGGCUAAUGAAGCUUGUUCUGGCACUGGUUGUUGCGAGAUUUCAAUACCUCAAGGUCACGUGUUAACUAAAAUAAUCUAUACUUCAGUGAGUGUAUUCAACAAUCACUCAGAAGUAUAUGACUUCAAUCCAUGUGGUUAUGCUUUUUUGGUUGAAAAUGGAGCCUACAACUUCAAAUCCACAGACCUGCUCAAGUUGGAGAAGGAGUUUCCUAUGUUGUUGGACUGGGCAGUAGGGAACCAAACAUGCCAUCAAACACAGAAGGAUCUUUCAAAUUAUGCCUGCAAGGACAACAAAAGUACAUGUUAUGAUGCGACCGAGAGAUCUGGUUACCUUUGCAGAUGCUUUCAUGGAUAUUGGGGAAAUCCUUACCUCAUUCAUGGUUGCCAAGAUAUUAAUGAAUGCAUGGAUUCCAAUGACUGUGUUGAGGGGGCAACGUGCAUCAAUACUCCCGGAAGCUACCAUUGUUUAUGUCCGGCAAGAUAUGAGGGAAACGGGAAGUUGAAUGGAACAAGAUGCAGAUCAAAUACCAAAUCAAGGAAAGAGAUCAUAUUGAUCACUGCAUUGAGUGCCAGCAUCAGCCUCGUAGCGCUACUGGUCGGAAGCUUUUAUGCAUACUUGGCAUUGAAAAAAAGAAAGCUCAUUAAACUUAAAGAACAAUUUUUUCAACAAAACGGUGGCUUACUAUUACAGCAACAACUAGUGAUGCAUGGAGGGUCAGAUGAAACAACUAAAGUCUUCACUGUUGAGGAGCUAAAUGAAGCAACCAACAACUUCAACCAAAGCAAGAUCCUAGGCCAAGGUGGUCAGGGAACAGUUUACAAAGGAAUUUUACAAGAUAAAAGAAUUGUAGCAAUAAAGAAAUCCAAAAUCAAUGACCCAAACCAGAUUGAGCCGUUCAUCAAUGAAAUGAUUGUGCUUUCCCAAAUCAACCAUAGAAAUGUGGUAAAGCUUUUGGGUUGUUGUUUAGAGACAGAAGUUCCCUUGCUUGUUUAUGAAUUCAUUUCUAAUGGUACUGUUUAUCAGCAUCUCCAUGAUCAAAACCAAUCUUUAAAACUUACAUGGAAAACAAGAUUGAGAAUAGCAAAAGAAACAGCUGGAGUCUUGGCAUACUUGCAUUCUGCUGCAUCUACGCCAAUCAUACAUAGAGAUGUGAAGUCUGCUAAUAUACUCCUAGAUCACAAUCUCACUGCAAAGGUUUCUGACUUUGGAGCUUCUAGGAUUGUUCCUCUUGAUCAUAGCCAAAUAACCACUCUAGUACAGGGGACACUAGGGUAUCUUGACCCAGAAUAUUUCCACACAAGCCAGUUAACAGACAAAAGUGAUGUAUAUAGCUUUGGGGUUGUCCUAGCAGAGCUAAUGACAGGAAAAAAGGCACUGUCAUUUAGCAGGCCAGAGAUAGAUAGAAACCUUGCAGUGUACUUUGUUUCUUCAAUGAAAGAGAAUCGGUUACUUCAUAUUUUGGACAACAAUAUAGAUGAUGUGAAUACUGAGCAACUUAAAAAAAUUGCCCAUAUUGCAGAAAGGUGUCUAAGGGUAAAGGGUGAGGAAAGACCCACCAUGAAAGAAGUGGCAAUGGAACUCGAGGGAAUAUUAGUUUUUGAAGAGCACCAUUGGGGAAGUGGCAAAUUGUCUUCAGACAGAGCAGCGUCAUCGGCUAUCAAUGUUGAAAACGGAGUUUACAGAAGCAGCACUAUUUCUUCUAACUCGUAUAGCAUAAACCAGAUAUCAAUGUCCUUGAUUGGUGGAAGAUGA